GUACUAAAGGCCACGGCAACCUCUGCAAGUAGUUCCGCCCACACCGGUUGCUCCCAGAGGUUGACCAAGCCAACGUUGCAAGUAUACAGGCCACCCGGUGCUAGGCUGGCUGAGAUGCAGUGCAAGCAAAACGAGGUUAACACCACAACUGACAGCAAUGUAGUGGCACAUCCAAAGCCCAGACUGGACCAUUCUGAGGUUCCAGAUGUGCUGGCUCGACAGACUCUGUCAUUGACACAUGAUCAACCAGAGCCCGCUAGCAAUGGCCCACAGUCGCAGAGCGAUUAUGAGCAGGGCAAGGACAAAGGUGUGAUGUACUACAGCCUGGUUAAGCAGGCAGCGAAUGACCCUACUUUGCUGAACGUGGAGCAGCUUGAGGGGGUGGCCUGCACUGUCUGUUACACGGCGGCCCAGAGCAUCGGGCACGCUGAGCCAGUAGCCGUGCUUUGCCUCGAGAUUGCAUUGGCGAGCAACGGUGCCUUCCUUGAGGCCCUGUCGAAGAGCUGCUGCGAGUUGUUCGAGAAGCGGGAGGAGCUCAUGGGCACGCUCGAGGUGACGACACACCUGCUGCUGCGCUGGACACCCUAUGUCACCUUCCUGGCCGAGCUUCUGGCGCUGUUUGAGUUGUGGUACAGCAGCGGUGCCAAUGCUGCCGCUGCCGAUGUCUGCGGUGGGGAGAUGCUGAGUGGCUGCUGGAAGAAGGCUGUGCAGUCCCUGGCCAUUCUGCUCAGCAGCUGCUUCCAUGUCAUCUUGCGCCCACCAUCCCUGGGCAGCUUCGAUGAGGAUCAGCAGCCAAGGACUGCAACCCCUGGAGGAGAAACUGGAAGCUGUAAUGAAGGUUCCGAGUCCUAUGAACAUCACAAGCUGUUGGUGGGUCAUUUCCGAGAAGACCGUCCAACGCCUCUCAUGGCCGCUGCUUGGAUCCAGCAUUGGGCACUGCUGCUGGGAGCUUACCGGUACAAGAUCGAGUAUAAGCCGGGUCCGAACAACCAAAACGUGGAUGCCCUCAGCAGACUUCUGUUGGAGACUCCGGAGGAAGCUGUGCAGGAGCGUCCAGAAUAUGUGCAUUCGUUGCUACCAUUUGACAACAUGCACCUUUCGUCACUGGUGCUUCAGCAGAUGACAUCAAAGGACUAA